CCCGUGCCUGAGGUUCUGAAUACAUCUUCUAGAAGCCAGUCUGUGAAGCCGACUCGGGGGAAAUUAUGUUCGAAACAGAGGCCUCCUUCUCUGGGCACUCCAACAGAGUGAAUGACAUGUACGACGUGGGCUGUCCUUUCUGAAGGGAGGAACCUUUCUCUUGGAGAGGAUCCUCAAUGAGCCUGGCCAAGGCCCGGGGUCUGUGUGAAGAGGACUAAGGAUUAAGUAGGAUGUCAACUGAGACAGAACUUCAAGUAGCUGUGAAAACCAGCGCCAAGAAAGACUCCAGGAAGAAAGGUCAGGAUCGCAGUGAAGCCACUUUGAUAAAGAGGUUUAAAGGUGAAGGGGUCCGGUACAAAGCCAAACUGAUUGGGAUUGAUGAGGUGUCCGCAGCCCGGGGAGACAAGUUAUGUCAAGAUUCCAUGAUGAAGCUCAAGGGUGUUGUUGCUGGCGCUCGUUCCAAAGGGGAACACAAACAGAAAAUCUUUUUAACCAUCUCCUUUGGAGGAAUCAAAAUCUUUGAUGAGAAGACGGGGGCCCUUCAGCAUCACCAUGCUGUUCAUGAAAUCUCCUACAUUGCGAAGGACAUCACGGAUCAUCGGGCUUUUGGAUAUGUUUGUGGGAGGGAAGGGAAUCACAGAUUCGUGGCCAUCAAAACAGCCCAGGCGGCUGAACCUGUUAUUCUGGACUUGAGAGACCUCUUUCAACUCAUUUAUGAACUAAAGCAAAGAGAAGAAUUGGAAAAAAAGGCACAAAAGGACAAGCAGUGUGAACAAGCUGUGUAUCAGACAAUUUUGGAAGAGGAUGUUGAAGAUCCCGUGUACCAGUACAUUGUGUUUGAGGCUGGACAUGAGCCAAUCCGCGAUCCUGAAACAGAAGAAAACAUUUACCAGGUUCCCACCAGCCAAAAGAAGGAAGGUGUUUAUGACGUGCCAAAAAGUCAACCUGUAAGUAAUAGCCAACCGCUGGAGGAUUUUGAGGAGCGCUUUGCUGCAGCCACGCCGAACAGGAACCUGUCAGCGGACUUUGAUGAGCUUCUUGAGGCAACCAAGGCUGUGACCCAAUUAGAACUCUUUGGAGACAUGUCCACCCCUCCUGAUAUAACGUCUCCCCCUACUCCUGCAACCCCAGGUGAUGCCUUUCUCCCGCCGUCAUCCCAGACGCUUCCGGGGAGUGCAGAUGUGUUUGGCUCUGUGUCUUUUGGCACUGCUGCCGUACCCUCAGGUUAUGUCGCUAUGGGCGCCGUCCUCCCGUCCUUCUGGGGCCAGCAGCCCCUCGUUCAACAGCAAAUCGCCAUGGGUGCUCAGCCGCCCGUCGCUCAGGUGAUGCCAGGAGCUCAGCCCAUCGCGUGGGGCCAGCCAGGUCUCUUUCCUGCCACCCAGCAACCCUGGCCAACCGUGGCCGGGCAGUUCCCGCCAGCCGCCUUCAUGCCCACACAAACUGUUAUGCCUUUACCAGCUGCCAUGUUCCAAGGUCCCCUCACCCCCCUUGCAACCAUCCCAGGCACGAAUGACUCUGCCAGGUCAAGUCCACAGAGUGACAAGCCCAGGCAGAAAAUGGGGAAGGAAAUGUUUAAGGAUUUCCAGAUGGCCCAGCCUCCACCCGUGCCCUCCCGCAAGCCUGACCAGCCCUCCCUGACCUGUACCUCAGAGGCCUUCUCCAGUUACUUCAACAAAGUCGGGGUGGCACAGGAUACAGACGACUGUGAUGACUUUGACAUCUCCCAACUGAAUUUGACCCCUGUGACUUCUACCACGCCGUCCACCAACUCACCUCCGACCCCAGCACCUAGGCAGAGCUCUCCAUCCAAAUCAUCAGCAUCCCACGCCAGCGAUCCGACCACAGAUGACAUCUUCGAAGAAGGCUUUGAAAGUCCCAGCAAGAGUGAAGAGCAAGAGGCUGAGCCAGAGCCUCUCUAUGCGCAGAUCAACAGACCUAAGAAAUAGCAUCAACGUGAGCUCAUGGUGGGUGCUUCAAGACUGGCAUGGGAGUCGGCAGUGCAACGGGCUCUCUUGUAUCCUCACCUCACCUCAUCCCACAGAGAAACUCAUAAUUGCCCAGUGAAACUGACUGAAGAGCGAACAAAGUGGUUUUUGGCAACCAGUGGCAGAUACCUAUGGCAGCACAAAAAAAAAAAACAAAAAC